UUUCUCAAACAAUUAGGUCUGCAUCCUAACUGGCAGUUUGUUGAUGUAUAUGGAAUGGAUCCUGAACUCCUUAGCAUGGUACCAAGACCAGUGUGUGCAGUGUUGCUUCUCUUCCCUAUUACAGAAAAGUAUGAAAUAUUCAGAACAGAAGAAGAGGAAAAAAUAAAAUCUCAGGGACAAGAUGUUACAUCAUCAGUAUAUUUCAUGAAGCAAACCAUCAGCAAUGCCUGUGGAACAAUUGGACUAAUCCAUGCUAUUGCCAACAAUAAAGACAAGAUGCACUUUGAAUCUGGAUCCACCUUGAAAAAAUUCCUGGAGGAGUCUGCAUCAAUGAGCCCUGAAGAACGAGCCAGAUACCUGGAGAACUAUGACGCCAUUCGAGUUACUCAUGAGACCAGUGCCCAUGAAGGUCAGACUGAGAUAGAUGUUAUCCCAUUUUACAGACUGGAAGACAAAGAAGUUACUAACUUGUCCAAAGUCACACAGCUAGUAAGUACUGUCCAUGCUCUUAAGGCAACAAAAUGUAUAGAUAAAUAAAAAUUGCUAAAACAAACAAGCUCUUAGUCAACAGUAGAUUUUUCCUUAUAUUAAACAUAAAGUCUUACCCAUAAACCAACCACAGUCUUUUGGUAAUUAUGUUAUCUGUAUUUUGGAAAACAGUAAUUAUUUUAAGUACCUACCAGCCAAUGAUCCCUUUAUAUUUAGGAAAUUGCAUGGUUAUAAUGAUAUUUUUCUUAGUAACAGGAUGCCCUUUUAGAUGGGAAAACAUUUUGGGUAUAAGCCAAAAUCUACUUGCUUUAUUUUAACAUUUUAGAAUAAUUUAGAUUUAAGCACUUAGGGUAAACUACCAAACACUUGAUUUCUUAAUAAAGAAGUAAUACUAGUCUGCCCCUCUGCCCCCUUUGUUAAAAGGUCUGUAUCAUUUCUUUUUAGCCUUUACAACAUUUCUAAUUCUUUGGUUAUUAUUAAGUACUCUAAAGAGUAAUCUAUUUUUUGUACACCCAGAGAAUGUAUAUUAACUGAAGGAAAAGUAAUUUGGCUUUUUAGACCGACACACUCUUUCCACCUUUUUUUUUUUUAAUUAUUUAUUUUUGGCUGUGUUGGGUCUUCGUUUCUGUGCGAGGGCUUUCUCUAGUUGCGGCAAGCGGGGGCCACUCCUCAUUGCGGUGCGCUGGCCUCUCACUAUCGCGGCCCCUCUUGUUGCAGAGCACAGGCUCCAGACGCGCAGGCUCAGUAGUUGUGGCUCACGGGCCUAGUUGCUCCACAGCAUGUGAGAUCCUCCCAGACCAGGGCUCGAACCCGUGUCCCCUGCAUUGGCAGGCGGACUCUCAACCACUGCGCCACCAGGGAAGCCCCUCUUUCCACCUUUUUAUUAAAGGUUUGAAAAUUUUUUUUUUUAGGCUUCAUGACAUUUCUAAUUUUGUGGUUAUUAAACAGUUUAAAGGGUAGUUGACUCAUUUUUUCAUAUACAAAGUGACAUACACAUUAACUGUGAAGGAAAAGUAAUUUGGCCUUCUGGGACCCAGGUAUUUUGGUUUCUUUCUGAACUAGUUAUAACUUUGAAGAUAGAAAAAUUUGAACUGUUGAUUGUUUUGGGAAUACAGCUAGAGAUAGUAAUAGGUUUGCCUCUAUGACUUAGGUAGUUGACAGUUGAUGGGUGGGUGGCUUUGUGUGAGAUGAAAACACUGAAAUUGGAGCCAGGAGUCAUGGGUUCUGCCUCUGCUUUGAGAGUCACUAGUUAUAUGACUGUGGGCAAGUCAACUAAGUCCUUGUGCCUCUAAAAGACCCCGACACUGUUCUGAUGCUCAUGGGCUGUGUCCAAAUGGCUCACCCUGUAUUUUUUUUUUUUUAACUCAAGAGGAUUUAAGUCAGAAUCAGAAUGCUUAAAAAUCUCAAAAUGAAUGUCUAUACCUAAUUCCUUUAUGCAAAAAAUAUUUGUUAAACUCCUUAGAGUACUUUCUGAAGAGCAAAUCAUUUAAUUCCUAGGGUUUUUGAAAAGCCUGUUCUGGUUUUUUCAAAACUGUAAUGAAGAGAUAGGUUAUAUUGCAGUGGUGUAUGUGAAGUCACAUUAUACCGUUGCAGACCCACGCAGUAAGCAGAGGGGGCACGGGUUCAGUGUUAAUGUCCUGGCAGACAGUGAUGUCAUUAAUAAUUCUAAUGAAAUACAUAAUUUUUGACAACUUUGGAUUCCUCUACCAGAACUGAAAAACUGAGGAAGUGAGUUCUUUAUUCAGAUGCUCUAGAAAGUGAGCUCUUUAUUAAAAUCUUCUGAAAGACUCAAGAAUAAGCUGUAGAUAUUUGAUCCUUUCCAGUUAGUAUGGAAAGGAAAUUGGCUAUUUAUUCUGAAGAUUCUACUCACAGUUUAAAUUUUCAUAUUUGAAAGCAAAGCUAACUUAGUUACUUCGGCAGCUAAUAUUAUGACAAUGUAAAAGUUGGUGAAUAUGUCUUUAAUAUUUGUAAUUCUAAGAGAAAGCCUAGGAAUAUUAAGAUUCCAUAGUAACGUUCUUCAUAUCAGUCUUUUCAUCUCUUAAAAGAAUAUUACUUGAAAGUCCUUUCCUGAAACUAACACAAUAUUGUAAAGCAAUUAUACUCCAAUAAAGAUGUUAAAAAAAAAAAGAAAGUCCUUCCCUGAAUUAUCAUAUAAAUUUUCAUUGGAAUUGAAAAUAUAUGUGAUGUACACAGUUAUGUCUAUAUUAUGAAUUAAAUUAUCUUUACAAAUUGUACAGUUGGAAAAGAUGUGUAUAUACUGUGUUCCUUUAGCUUUAGGAGGUAGAAAUAAAUAUGACUAGAGUAAAAAUUUAGAAUUACUGGUUCUAAUGUUUAACAACUCAACAUAUUCAUUUACUUAUGGAAAACAAUACUUAGUAUACUAGCAAUAUGAUAGUGGAUAAAAGGUUUUUCUAAGAGCAUUACAAGGUAGUUACAAGUAAGACAGUCAUAAUGUAGUAACGUACUGUCCUGUAUUUGAUAUUGUAAAACAGUUGCCAAAUAGAAACACAUGCACACACACAUGAACCUUGAUGUAUGGAACUCAUUCAGGAGGGUGUGCUUUUGAACAUAUCCUUUCUUUUUUUCAUUCCUUCCUCUUAUAUAUGGAAAACGUGAUGAGCAAAAAGAGGGCUAAAAUUACCCAUAGAUAAUCUGAUAAUGUUUGGGCAAAAAUUGUAUCUUCAUCUUUAAAUAGAAAUGAUCAUAAUUUCUACCUUAGUACGAUCAUUGUGAGACUCUAUAGCAUCCACAGUUUAGAACAUUUGGUAUGUAAUAGUAAGCACUCAAUGCUAGCUAUUAUUAUUGUUGACUGAUGAACAUAUAAAGAUACCUGUGUGAAUGUAUUUACUACAGCAUAGUUUAUAAAUGUAGAAAACUAGAAACAAACUAAAGAUGCCAUAAUAUGUUUAUGGUGCAUCUAUUUAAGGAAUAAUAUGUUGUCAUGAAAAAUAAUGUAGAUAUAUACUUACUGAGGUGGAUAGAUGCCCAAAAUAUAUGGAAAGUGAAAGCAGCGUGAAGAAUAUGAUAUUUUUUCCUUGUAAAAAAUGUUAAAAAUUUUAACAAAUUGCUAAAGGUCAAGUAUAGACUGGUAUGAUACUAUAAAAUCCCUGUAAGCAGUGCCAAAGGGGAGCUCACAUCCACUCUCCACAGACCUCACUGGGUGCCUAUAAGCUUAAACUAGGGACAAGGCAAGAGAGAGGCCCAAGGUGCAGGCCUGGGGGGAGGAAGCAGCUUCUACUUUGGGAAGGACCUGGAUUCUUCUCCCCUAUGGAAUAAAACCUAACAAUGCUGGGACAGAAAACCCUCCCUGGAGAAGGGAACAGACAAAACUACCCCUUCAGGGGAAGUAUAGGAAACUCCUAUGAGAGAAAUCAAUGGAGGAGGGAAGGAUCCCAUGGAAAGCCUUGUCCUUGAUAUCCAGGUACAAACAACCUACUUAUGAUGGAGGCUGAAACAUGUCAACAAAGAAUGCCUUCACCUUCCCACCAUUAGACCAGCCAGCACCAACAAACAAGUGUCAAAUGUGUGGGGUAGGCCAAGAGCAUGAAGAGAGACCUUCUCUGAGGCAUAGACUCUGAGAAAAAUCCUAAAGCUAUGAGUGGAACAAGAACGUUGAAAAAGAAAGCAUUCAGCAACCCAGCUCCUACCCUAAGCACACAGUAAUGCGAGGCAGAUUUUAAGCUGGUAGAUUACUGAGGAUGACCGUAGCAAAAACAAACCAAACAGCACAACUUCUAACUAGAUUGACUCAACUCCACACACUAAAGCCCUAGCAGAAGAGGAGGCAUGCCCAUUCCCAGACAUAAAUACAUUUGUCUCAGUUUCUCUGCUCCUACACAGGAUGUGUGCCUUUUAAACAAAAAUUAUAAGAUGAAGAAAACAAGAAAAAUAACACACUGUCACAAGACAAAGGAAUCAACAGGAUCAAACUCAGAUAUGAUCCAGGUGUUGGAACUGUCAGAUGCAACUUAAAAUAACUGUGAUUAAUAUGUUAAAGCCUCAAGUAGAAAAGGUAGACAACAGAUACCAACAGAUGGGGAAUAUCAACAGAGAGUUGGAAGCUCUAAGAAAGAAUCGAAUGGAAAUCUAGUAAUUAAAAACACAGUACCAGAGGUGAAGAAUGCCUUUAAUGGAUUUGCCAGUAGACUUGCAAAUGUUGAGGAAAGAAUCAGGAAAUGUGAAGAUAAAUUGCUGGAAAUUUACCCAAACUGAAUCACAAAAAUAAAAAAUCAUGGGAAGAAACCCCACAAAACCCCCCAGGUCACCCAAGAGCUGUGGAUCAAUUUCAGAUGAUCUAAUAUGUGCAGGUAGAAUCAGAAGGAAAAGAGAGGGACUUCCUUCGUGGUCCAGUGGUUAAGACUCUGCGCUCCCAGUGCAGGGGGCUCGGGUUCGAUCCUUGGUCAGGGAACCAGAUCCCACAUGCUGCAACUAAAGGUCCUGCAUGCUGCAACUAAAGGAUCCCAUGUGCCACAACUAAAGAUCCCACAUGCCUCAACGAAGAUCCCACAGGCAGGAUCCCUUCAUUGCUACGAAGAUUCCAUGUGCUGCAACUAAGACCUGGCGCAGCCAAAUAAAUAAAUAUUUUUUAAAAAAAGAAAAAGGUUUUUAAAAUGAAUUCGAUGGAACAAAAAUAUUUUUCAAAAAUAAAGGAGAAAUAAAGUCUUUUAGACAAACAAAAACUGAGAGAAUUCAUUACAAGCUUACCUGCACUACAACUUGAAUCUACACAAAGAAUUGGUGAGCACUGGAAAUGGAACAAGUGAAGGUAAAUAUAAAAUAAAUUUUGUUUUUUAAAUUGUUCUAAAGAAUGAUUAAGUGCUCAUGGAUAGACCAUAUUAUGGAUCAGAAAAUAAAUCUUUAAAAAUUUUUAAAAAAUUUAAAUUAUACAAAGAAUAUUUUCUAACCAUAAUGGAAUUAAAUUAGGAAUUAAUAACAGUAAAAAGUAUCUGGAAAAUCCCCAUAUAUUUAGAAAUUAAACAAUACACUUCUAAAUAGCUUGUUGGAUCAAAGAGGAAGUCUCAGAGAACAUGAGAAAACAUUUAAAAAAAAUUUUUUUAAUUGAAGUAUAGUUGAUUUACAAUGCUGUGUUAGUUUCUGGUGUACAGCAGAGUGAUUCAGUUAUACAUAUAUAUGUAUAUUCUUUUUCAUAUUCUUUUCCAUUAUGGUUUAUUACAGGAUAUUGAAUAUAGUUCCCUGUGCUAUACAGUAGGACAUUGUGUUUUAUCUAUUUUUUAUAUAGUAGUUUGUAUCUGCCAAUUCUGAACUCCUAAUUUAUCCCUCCCCUAACCCCCUUUCCCCUUUGGUAACCAUAAAUUUGUUUUCUGGAAAACAUUUUGAAUUGAAUGAAAAAUUAUUAAAUAUAUCCAAAUUUACAAGUUGCAGCUAAAUCAGGGAUUAGAGAAAAAUCUGUAACAUUAAAUGCUUAUAGUAGAAAAGAAAAGGCAGGGGUUAGAGAAAAAUCUAUAGCACUAAAUGCCUAUAGUAGAAAAGAAAAAAGGCUUCAAGUCAGUGAUCUAAGUUUUUACCUAAAGGUAGCAAAAAAAAAAAAAAAAAAAGAGCAAA